AUGGUGGUACCGUCGAUUUCGGAAGAAAGUAAUCGCUCCAGCAGCGUUUCUCCGGUCUCUUCCGGUGGGAGCGACCUACGUUCUCCGGAAUCUUCCGGUCGGAGCGACCUACGUUCUCCGGAGUCUUCCGGUCGGAGCGACCUACGUUCUCCGGAAUCUUCCGGUCGGAGCGUCGUACGUUCUCCGGUCUCUUUCCAUCGGAGCGUCGUACGUUCUCCGGUAUCUUACCGUCGGAGGGUCGUACAUUCUCCGGUCUCUUCCGGUGACGGAGCGAAGAGACUGUGUACAGAAGAUAAGAGACUCUCCACGACGCUGUUUAAUUUGAAUAUUCUCGAUUGUCCCAUUUGCUGUGAAGCACUGACGAUUCCUAUCUUCCAGGUUUUGUUUCUUACCUUCUCCUUCGUUUUGUAUGAACUAGAAAUUGCUCACUCUCUAAUUUUGAUCAAACAGAGAAAAUAA